ACCAAGGACAGUAGUCCUAUGUGGUCUCUUAGGAUCCACUCAUUCAACUCUAACUUGUACUGCGAGUUUCCACUUCAAACUUGCGAGCCAGAAAGGCCCUUGUUUGUUUUUUUCUUUUCUAUAGAAACUUUCAACUCAACUUCGCUUCUUCUUCCUCCUCCAAUGUCUGCAACUUGCUGAUGGGUCUCUUCUUAACGUGAAAUUGAGCUCAUUUCCCAUCUGGGUUUUGUGAUUUGGGACAGAAUGAUGCCUUUGACAAGCAAAAGCAUUGAUUUUGCUGGAAAAAAUUUGGUUUCUUGUGGCUGUUCAUCCAAUGCUUCUUUUGACCGUUACACGGUGAGGAAUUAUGCAAAGGUGGAUUCUAAAGGGUGUGGCAGAGAACAUGGAACUCGUAAAUUGAUUUGUUGUAAGAGAAGGAGCACGAAAUGUCGGGUUUCUUCUAUGAAGACUGCAGAGCCUACGGUUGAUGGUGGAACUCAAGCAAUUAAAGGUCUUACAGGAGGAUUGGACUUGAAGAGUUAUUCAGAAACCCCCAUUUCCCCUACUCGGUUGUUUGAAGUGGUUGCUGAUGAUCUGCAAACCCUUAAUAAAAAUCUUCAGUCGAUUGUAGGUGCAGAAAAUCCAGUUUUAAUGUCAGCAGCUGAGCAGAUCUUUAGUGCUGGUGGGAAGAGGAUGAGACCAGCUCUGGUUUUCUUGGUGUCAAGGGCAACAGCAGAGCUACUUGGCUUGAAGGAACUUACUGUAAAGCAUCGGCGUUUAGCAGAGAUAAUUGAAAUGAUUCAUACUGCAAGUUUGAUACACGAUGAUGUAUUAGAUGAGAGUGACCUACGAAGAGGGAAGAAAACUGUUCAUCAACUGUUUGGAACAAGAGUGGCAGUGCUGGCUGGAGACUUCAUGUUUGCACAGUCAUCAUGGUAUCUAGCCAACCUUGAAAAUAUUGAAGUGAUUAAACUUAUCAGCCAGGUGAUCAAAGAUUUUGCAAGUGGGGAAAUAAAGCAGGCUUCUAGCUUGUUUGAUUGUGAUGUUCAACUAGACGAGUACCUAAUUAAGAGUUAUUAUAAGACAGCCUCCUUGAUCGCGGCCAGUACAAAAGGAGCUGCAAUUUUUAGUGGUGCUGACAGCAGCAUCACUGAGAAAAUGUAUGAAUAUGGGAAGAAUCUUGGUCUAUCCUUCCAAGUUGUUGAUGACAUAUUGGAUUUCACACAAUCCGCGGAGCAACUAGGAAAACCUGCUGGCACUGACCUUGCCAAAGGUAACCUUACUGCACCAGUAAUAUAUGCAUUGGAGAAAGAACCAAAAUUGAGGGAUAUCAUUGAGUCUGAAUUUACCGAGAUUAAUUCCCUUGAUGAAGCCAUCAAGUUGGUCAAGAGUUGUGGAGGCAUUGAAAGAGCACAAGAGUUGGCAAAAGAGAAAGCUGAUCUUGCUAUUCAAAAUCUCCAAUGCCUUCCUCAGAGUGUGUUUCGUUUAGCUCUUGAGGAUAUGGUGGCAUAUAAUCUUCAACGGAUUGCAUAAGCUUUGGUGCAUGCUGAGGACACAAUAUUGAGAAAAUCAGUAAAAAAAAAAUUCUUUGGUCCUAAUAUAAGGAUGAGAGAGCCUUGACAUUUGAACUUUUGUCAUUUCAAGAAUUUUCAGCAAAUCCAUCAAAUGCCUUCCCCCUGAGCUACUUCUGGGGUGCUAAUUAUAGACAUUGAAGGACAAAGCAAAUGCACAUUCUCAUCAGUUGUUAUGUUUGCAGUUUCCUGCUAAUUAAAGUACAAGAAACAUAAUAUAUUCCAUUACUGUAUCAAUACACGUCUGCAAUAUAUUCUUUUCCCCAUUUUGCUUCUCUGGGAUGUUAAAAACAUUAAGAGAAUGAAAAGUGUAAUUGUUAUUUCUU